AUGAAGGUUGCAGUGAUUCAAUGUCGCCUCAGUCCAUGAGAGUUGCAUCAGACAGCGACAGAUCAUAGCCACGGAUGGCAGCCACGGAGACUCCGACUCUUCAACGGGUGCAGGCGUAUAGCCUUGUCGAUCUACCUGGUUGUUAUAAAAUGACCAUGGACUGGUCAUGGGGGAAGCAAUCACGCCAACCACUCCAAGUCCUUUCGUCUUUUUUCACUCCUCCACUUGAUCUCUGUUAUAUCGUCCUAGAUGGAUAGACCACCCGCACCCAUUACCUCACUCACCCCCGAGCUUGCUGAGCAGCUCCGCGGACGCGCGCUGGACGUGCUUUCGUACCUCGUCAAGACCAACUCUGCUACUACCUACUUCAAGGAAUCCGACGUUCUAUCACGGUUUCGGUCUGCGCUUCAUCUCAGCGAUGGCAGCAAUGGUUUACUGCAGGCAGUUGACCAGACCUGCUCUUCCAAAGAGUUGUUCGGGGUCUAUCACAAUAACGUGGCGUUGAGUGUCUACGAGGACUACCUUCCAUUUAUCUCGCGUUUCUUCGAGCAGCCAUGCAAAAAGUCCUCGGUAGAGAACCUCAUGGCCCCCGGACUUCCCUGCUUCAUUGCGCACUCCUCCGGCACUUCAGGUGGUGCAACGAAGCACUUCCCAAAAUACCGCCACCCGGACCAUAUGUCGAUGUCCACGUCCGAGGCGAUGAAAAUGUCGAACCCGACGAGCAAGAGUGGGGGCAAGAACUGCAUCAUGUAUUCUCUGGGACACCGUCAGGUCGUGGCUCCGCUGAAUGAGGAUGGAAAUAUGGACGGACAGAUUCCUGUUUGCCUGAUGACGAGCGGCGUCAUCCGUGUGAGUAAUAAUAUGGUGGUCGAGAGGGACGCUAUCUACUCUACCAUAAAGGUUCCCAAUUGCUCGUCGCCCCUCGCUGUCUCCUUCAUCCCAAAUUACAAGUCUUUCUUGUUCAUGCAUGCUCUCUUUGCCUUGAUGGAGCCCAAGCUCGAGACGAUCAAUACCUUGUUCACCACUACGUGCAGGGACCUAUGUCGUGCUAUACAUGAUCAGUGGGGUGAUUUCAUUCAUUGCAUCGAAACUGGUACAAUCCCAGACCUCGAAGGCAUUGAACAAGUGAAGGACGACCUUCAGCGUUUUCUUAAACCUAAUCCCGAUCGGGCGGGGGAACUGCGGGAGAUCGGAAGGGCGACUGGAGCCCCGGGAUGGUUCCGACAGAUUUGGCCAGAGCUACGUGCCAUCCUGGCAACUGCCAGCGGUCCGUUCGCCACUGUCAUCCCAAAGAUUAGGCACUACAUUGGACCUGAUGUGUCUCUCCAAACUUUGAGUAUUGCUAGUAGUGAAGCAUUCCUUGCCCUGGCAUAUGACCCAACGGACCUCAAUCUAUACAAGAUCGUAGGUUCCGACGACGUAAUCGAGUUCUUACCUGUGGAUGAGCCUGAGGAGUCGAAAUAUCUCGCUCAAACGUGGAACGUUGAACUGGGUAAGAAGUACGAAGUGGUUCUCACGACGAGAGACGGGUUCUGGCGGUACCGCUUGGGCGAUGUUGUUGACGUCGUUGGAUUUGAUCCUCGUGAUGGGCAGCCCCUCGUCAGAUAUAUCGAGCGCCGAAACAUGCAUAUCCGAAUUGCAAACGAGGUGACAACAGAGACGCAGCUGCGUAGUGUCAUCGAUACGACCUCAGGCCUAUUGGGAGGAGUGUCUGAAUUCUGUGUUUGCACUGAUUACCGUGAGAGCGUUGGUCGGUAUGCUUUCUUUGUGGAACUACAGGGAAAUCUUGGGAAAGAUAGUGCUACCGCGCCUGCUGCAUUGCACGAUGAACUCCAGAAGCUCAACGAGAAUUACCUUAGAGACAGUCAAUCCGGGAAAAUCGGCGUCCCGGCUGUUAGGGUGCUCAAGCCGGGUACCUUUGGCGAUUUCAGAGAGUGGAAGAUCAGGACGAACAACAUCGCUGCUGGGCAGGUGAAGGUUCCCAUUGUCGUUUGGGAUGAAGUCAAUCGUGCAUGGUUGGAAGAACGAGUGAUGCGUGAUAUUUGACUUGAAGGUGGGGAACAGCACGGUGAAUGUGAAUAUACUUAGUUGAACGAUAUUUCUCUGUUGGACAAUUUUCCAUGAUCACUGUACGCUACCAAAGACUACGCGCAACUUUGUCUAACCUGAUGAUUAUGUAAUCAAACACUGAACUUGUGAGCGAUUUAAAGCAGCCCUUCGG